GACCUUGGGGAUGGACCGCAGUUGAGCACGCAGCCAAAGGAGCUGCCGAAGACUUCUGGCUGGCAGCCCAGGCCGCAAAUGGCCUAUUCCGAUGGUCCCUUCGUUCUGCUGCCGGACAUCGUCUUUCAGCUGAUGCAGCACAAGAACAUUGACCACGGGACCUUGUGCUUGCCCCUCCCCGCCACCUUCGGCCAGCUCCCGGAUGCCAUGAGCUCCGUGGUGCGCCAG